UCCCGCCACCGCGCCCCCUCCCCCGCGCACGGCUCGCGCGCCUCCAGUUGCCUCGCAGCUGCCGCGCGCGUUCGUCGCAUAUUCCAUGCGACUCCGCUAUCCUUCCACCAUAAUAUGGAUAUACAGCACAUCCGCGCUCUUAUCAACAUCCAGUUCUCGUAUUUGUGGUUUUGCGAAGUCUUCGACAAAUAUAAAUGGAUUAUAUUGUAAAGUGCACGAAAAAACAACUAGUUUUGUAAGUAGACUGUGUGGCUGAUAACGCUGUGCAAAUGUGAUUUUAUACAAGUGUAGUGUGUAAACUUAUUUAUUACAAUUAGUAUAUAAUAAUAUAUUUAUGGACCCACAAUCAUGGAACGUUACAAAUCGAACGUGUUUCGAUGGAGUGCUUCCUACGGUGUGAUGUUAGUUCUCAAAGUCUGAUAUCUUAGACUGCGUUAAGUAAUUUAUUAGUUAGUGUUUGAGUAUGUUGAUCAACACGUUUCUGGACACGGAGGAUUUCGUGCACUUGUACUAUGAGGACGAGCCGGCUGCGCAGCAGGGGUGCGGCGCGGGCGCACGCAUGGCCUCGCGGUACUCGCAGCGACCACCCUCGCCCGACUACAACCAGGUCCCAGCGUCAAGCGACAUGACGGACGGUCGCGAGCGGUGUAGGGCGCCGCCGCAGCCCGAGCCGCCGCCGCACCGCGUCCGCGCCGCUGAUCUAUAUCCGCGCCUGCGCACACACUACGACGAGCCCGGCCUCGACGUCGGCUUCACGCCCAUAUGUGGGGAGUUCGUUCAGUGGGUGGGGCGGACAGCUGACGGCGGCACGGUGGCGAUGUCCAACUACCGGCUUCACGCUCAACCGAGGCGGCGAAGCGGGCCCGGCGCGUCGGUCCCGUUACGGCUAAUAGACGCCGUCGAGGUGCGGGACUUGCUGCAUCUCGCCAUUCUUUGCAAGCACGGACGACAACUGAAAUGCUCAUUUACCACCGGAGAACAGUGUGUGGAGUGGUGGCGGCGGUUGAACACCGCGCUCUCGCCGUUGGGGUCUGUCCAGGAGACGUUCGCGGCUGCGUACGCAGCGUGGGCCAAGGAACAGCCCCCGGCGUCCGUCCAUAGGGCUCUGUUGCGGGCCUCGCACACCCCCCAGCGGCAUUGGUUUGGCCCCGAGGUGGAGAGACUGGGUUUUACUGUGAAAAGCGCGUGGCGGGUGACGGCCGCAAACGCAGAGUACAAGCUGUGUCCGUCAUACCCUCCGCUGCUCGUGGUGCCAGCGUCUAUCGGCGACGAGGAUCUCGACUCCGUUGCCAGAUUUCGCGCCAUGCGCCGCGUUCCGGCGGUGGUGUGGCGACACCGCGGCAAUGGCGCCGUAAUCGCGCGCUCCUCUCAGCCAGAAGUGGGCUGGCUCGGUUGGCGGUCUAGCGAAGACGAGAGAUUGCUAGCGGCGUUCGUCAGCGCUUGUCAAGCUGACCGGGGCGUACAACCGGCUAACACCAACAAGCAAAUAAAACUCCUAAUAGUGGACGCGCGAUCGUACGCCUCAGCAGUGACGAACCGCGCGCGGGGUGGUGGCUGCGAAUGUCAACAGUACUACCCCAAUGCCGACAUUCAGUUCAUGUGCCUACCAAACAUACACCACGUUCGACGCAGCUUCCAACAGAUGCGAGCGCUUACCGCAGAGCCUAGCGACCAGACCAACUGGCACAGCAACUUAGAGCGCACGCUGUGGCUGCAAUACGUGUGCGGCGUCCUACGAGCCGCGUGCGUGGCGGCACGCGCCGUCCUUGGCGGGCGGCCCGUGCUGGUACACUGCUCGGACGGCUGGGACCGCACGCCUCAGAUCGUGGCGGCCGCGCAGCUGGUGCUCGACCCGCACUACCGCACUGUCGAGGGUUUCCGCGUGCUAAUAGAGCGCGAGUGGUUGGACUUCGGACACAAGUUCGCGGACCGCUGCGGACACCAGUUCGGGCCGGAGGAGCCCAACGAGCGGUCACCCAUCUUCCUGCAGUGGCUCGACGUGGUCCACCAGAUGAUGCACCAGUACCCGUGCAGCUUCGAGUUCAAUGAGGCUUAUCUGAUAAAGCUAGGAACACACGUGCACUCAUGCAUGUUUGGCACAUUCUUCUGCAACACGUCUCGCGAGAGGAGCGAGGCGCGCGUCACAGAGAACACGGCACACGUCUGGCAGUUGCUGCGAGCCCCGGCCUAUAGGAACCAUCUGUAUUCCCCGCAUCAUGUUGAACAGGUGCUGUGGCCGGAGUGCGGCGUGCGGCACAUGCGCGUGUGGUGGGGCAUGUUCAGCGCCGAGCAGCCCGACAGCGACACGCUCGACCCGCCACCCGUGCAUAAGCCGCCGCCUCAAAGCGGUCUAAUGACUAAGACGAGAUCCUGUGAUAACCUACUGAGUGAAGGAGAAAAGCGGACUGCGCAGCGACGGUGUAGCGACCCCAGCAUAGCGCCUGAUGUAAUGAAACUAUCAAUGGUGGUGAAUGCGGAGCGAGAGUGUCGCGCUACACUCACUGACAGCUGUGUGGAUGAUCUACCCGUACUGCCGUUGUCUGCUGACAACUGUGCCGACCAGCAUUGCACCCAGGUAUCAGGACUGCACCCGGACCACUUCGAGAGCUCGCCCCGCGUGGCGCGCGACCUGACCAGCGGCUCCUCCUCGCUGGAGCGCGAGCUGGGGGGCGCCGUGGACUCGGACGAACCUGACGGCCGGAGACCCAACCGCCCCGACGGAGACACGCCACCGGUGCUUCCGGUGUCGGACGUGUCAUCCGACAUAUCGGGCAAGUCGGACGUGAUGACCGACAGCGUCAUCAGGGUGGGCACUUCACCCGACACGGAGACUCCUGAGGAGCCCGCCGUGUUCGUCUGUGACGCCUACGGAGAUGUUAUUGGAAUGGCUGAGGCGGCGAGAGAAGCAGGCCGCACGCGCAACAUUAGCAUAACCUGGCGCUCCAUAUCGGAGUCCAGCAACCAAUCGUCAACCGGCUUCGACAUCACCGACACCCCACAGAACAGACCCGACCCCGUAGUCAACUCCCACGAAUCCUCACCCGUAGACAACCAUAACUCCACAGAAGGAGAUCUGGUGAACCAUAACGUCCUGUCGAACAAUGUUAGUGAAUUGACGAACCAUAACAGGGAGAGAGUGACCAAUGGGGUUAACGGAGUCGAGGAUGUCGCCGCUAAGUUCUUGGAAGUCGAUCUGAAUGGCGGCGCGACGUCCAGCAGCAUCAGCUCGGAGAGCGAGGGCGAGGCGGGCGCGCGGCUGGCGGGCGGCUGCGGCCGCGUGGCGUCGCAGCUCACGCUGUGCCCCACCUCGCCGCCGCAGCGCGCGCGCGCCGCGCCCUGCGCCUGCGCCUGCCAGCGCCGCGCCAGCACCACCAGUGGCAUCGAGACGUCGGGGUCGUCGGGCGCCAGCUGCAGCUGCUGGUGCGGCUCGUGCGGCGGGUCCCGCGCCCGCUGCGUGUGCGGCGCGGGCGCGGCGCCCGGGCCCGACCCGCUGGACGGCCUGCCGCCCGCCACCGACCCGCUGCAGGCGCGCCUGCACCAGAUCAUACUCUAUCAGAAGAAAGUGGUGGAGGAGCUGUCGGGCCAGCUGCGGCAGGCGCGCGAGGCGCUGCGCCGCGCCGGGCCGGCGCCGCCGCGCGCCUCGCCCUCCGCGCCCGAGCCCUCGCAGAUGACGAACAGCAGCGGCGGCAGCGUGGGCAGCGUGGGCAGCGCGGGCAGCGCAGGCAGCGGCGCCGGCGGCAGCUCGGGCUCCAGCUCGGGCUCCGACGUGGAGGUGGGCGAGGACGCGCGCCGCGUCGUGUGGCUGCCGGACUCCGCCGCGCCGCGCUGCCAGCACUGCCGGAACCACUUCUGGCUGGCGCGGCGCCGCCACCACUGCCGACGCUGUGGCGGCAUAUUCUGCGGUUCGUGCUCGGAGAUGAGCUCGUGGGGCGCGUGCGGCGCCGUGCGCAUGUGCCGGCGCUGCCGCGCGCUGCGGUGACCGCCCCCGCCCCCGCCCCGCCCCCGCGCCUGCCGCGGAGAGGGGCUCGCUGUGCCCCUGGCUGCCAGCCUCCGCUGGUGAGUUUCCAAGCAAGUUCAUCACGCAAGUUUCAAGAGAACGUUUAAUCUAUUUCCUCUAUUUCCUGACGUCACAGAAGCAAAUCAUUGUGUGAUAAAAAGGACACAUGGAAGUGUAAAAAAAAAACAGUAUUGCAUUUUGACAUGCACAAAUAAGUGCGCAAUUCAAACAAAUAUCAAAUAGCAAUAGCUCCCAUGUGGCUUUUUUUAUUGUAUUUUAAAUGUUUAAAUUUCGAAUUCUAAUUUUAAUCAAUCACGGGAUAGAUUUUUGUGUUAAGAAUUACCAAUUCAGCCAUCAGAUUCAAUAAUCCGGUCAAAAUUGUAAAUACUGGUUUCCUGAAGUCUCAGAAAGAUGAAAACAUUUUUUGUUUGGUCUACACAAAAAAAAAGUAAAAAUAAACUAUCCAUAAAUAAAAAAGCAAGUUUAUUUCCGAUGUUCCUGUGAUAAUCUAUUUUUUUGGUUUCUUUUUUUCAAUUAAUCUAAUCUCACAUUUAGUAUGGAAUUUUCACCUGAAACAUGCAAAACUUGCUUCGAAACUUCACUAAUACAUACUCACAUUCAGACGAGCUUUUAUCUCUAUUUGUGCUUGUUGAAGAGACAAAAGUGAAUAAAGUUUCAGAAAUUAAAGUCGCCGAUUUUUGGACCUUUAUGCUUCGUUAUUGUCGCUAGAAUGUAGAUGAAAUCGUAAACAUUUUACAAUAGUUUUUUUUUUAUAUUUAGUCCUUAUUAACUUAAGGAACACUUUAUGGUAUUAUUUUUAUAUAAACACAUUCAACACGUCCAUAUUUAAACUCUUUUCAUCGAUAUUUUUUGAAUUGUUCUUAUUUUAAAUGUUUACGUUUUCACCCUACAUCCCACUCACUUAUAAACUUUAUGAAAAACAUGUUUCACUACGUUGAAAUAUACAUAGGUUUAUAAGUAAAAGCUUAAUGAGCCGGUCACUAUCCAUACGGAGUUGUAUCCAACUUAAGCCUUCGAUCGUUCCUGUAUCUACGCCAAAUGUGUCUCUGUAAUAAAUGAUGAAUAUAUUAGCAGUUCAGUACGACUUAUUAUGACGAUUCUCGAUUACUUCUGACUUAAACUGUUAAGACUACACCUAAGGAUACAUUCAGGGUGUUAGUGACGCCAUAACGAAAACUUUGGGGGCCGAUUCAGACUAUUAUUCUGAGUUGAUAUCAAGUGGAAUUUCCCGUCGAAAACACAAAAUCUUGAACGUUUUCGACAAGAAAAACACCUACCAUCGUUUUUAGUACAAUCAAGUAAACAUUAUAUUUUUUUAUCGUUACGGUGCUACUAACAGCCUGUAUUGAUUUGUAAAUAUAGCUGAAAACUCGAAUAUACUACACAAAAUGUACGAGUAAUGUUUGUUACUUAUGACAUAAUAAUAUGUUUAGUUUCAGUCAUAUUUAGCGUUCUUUUAACCUUGACGUUGGCAGAAUCAUCGUUUCUAAACGAUGCAGCCAUAAAGAAGAAAAAGUUGAACAGUUAAAGAACCAAGAAUAGGCAAGUCAUAGGAGCUAUUAUGGUUAAGUCUUAAUCAGUUUAAGUCCAGCAAGAUGUUACCUAGUCAGCCAGACUCUACUCGAUGAAAUCAAAAUGUUAUUUAGCUGUAAAAUGACGAUUUGGAUGUUGCCUGUCUUUCCAUUAUCAAGGUUGCUCCAUGACAUUUAAUUUCGAUCAUUUUCUAUUUAUUUUGCGCGCUGAAUAACAUGUUACUUACUAUGUUACGGUUAAUUUUGUAACAUAACUCGAAUGUUACAGUUUAUUUAUUAUGCUACAUUUGCAUUUACAAGCCUGGAACGCGACGCUAAAAUUUGUGUCAUGUUGUGAAUAUACAAAACAGACUGUAACAUAUAACGAAAUGUUAUGUAACAUUUUAUUCAGUGUCGAUUCUCAUUUAGGAGUUUUUGUACGAUAAUUAAGAUGAUCGCAUAGACUCAAUUACCGCCUCGCUGCAAAAUGAUACUAUACCAAUUGUCAGUGGAUUAAUAUAGUUUUGUGCUUUGCAAAGAGAAAGUGAACAUUAAAAGCAGAUUUAAAAAAAUAUUAAGCCAAUAGGAAAUGUGCCGAGUAUGCAUAUGUUACACGAGGACGUGUCAAUACGAUUGUUGAUUAGUGACGAUAUUGUGCUCGGCGGAAAGUAUAAGAAAAUACCGCGAUGUAACCCCGACAGGGUUGAUAGGAGGCACUGAAUAACACACAUUUUCCAAUAAGUAGUAUAAUGCCUAAAAUAUUACGCUAGCAAUAGACAUCUCAAUUUAUAGUCUCAUGUUCUCAUACAUUUCUAUCUCCGUCUUACUAACGAUUUGAGACGUCUGUAGCUAGCGUUGACUGUAACAAAAUAACACGUAACAUUAUGUUUGUUACAUGAUAUUUGUUAUUGUAUUUUCCGUCGAGUUGUGACCACAUGGAAAUGUAAUGGAAAUGAAAACUGGAAAUAAAUGGGAUCUAGUCUUUCGUGGUGUGUGACGAGGUGCGGGCCGCGCUAGCUGUUGGUAGGCAAACAUAGUGAAUGCGAAGGCUGAUUUUGUACGAUAUCUCUUUUUUUUUCUACGGCUGUACAAUUUUUUUAAAGACUCCUUUAGAUUAUUGGCCCCAAUUGGUUAAUUAAAGCAGUUACGCGAACAGUGGAACGUUGUAGGCUAUUAAGGUAGCUUUUAAAUGCAAUAAUGUAAAUAUACUCGAGUUUAAGUAUGGCUUGCGUCGUUUCCGUACAACGAAUGUGCCUCAAUCAUACGUGUGUGCUUGUUAGCACAGAGCAGUGUCGCCGUUCCACUAUUCGCUCGUUAUAUUUCGUUGUUCGUACGCGGGAUUGCUGCCCCUGAAAGACACGCAAAGACAAUGUUGGUUUUUGUAUAAAAUGCUGUUUUUUUUUGUAUAAUAGUGUUUCAUUUUUGUUCUAUAAUUAUUUUGUACAGUUACGUUUUGUUUCACACUAUGUCACCAUAGAUAUCGCGACUGGCAGGUGAGAGAGUUAUAUGGGUGGGUAGUGCCGUGUGAGUGAGACAGCUGCCAGUCGCCCCUGAGACUGAGAAAGAAUGUGAGGACUUUGCGUAUUCGUCAUUUAAAACUUUUGUAUUUGUAUAAUAAUUAAUUUCUAUCGUGUUUCUUAAAGGUUGAAUGAAUUUAAGAGCAUUUAAUUAACUUAUUUGUGGAAUAAAAAUAGAUUUUUUUAAAUUAAUUUGAUUUUGGUGAUUUUUUUGUAUGUUACAGUUAGGUUCAUUUUUAGUUCAUAAAAUAUUUUGUUACUGAGAUUACACAUAAAUAUAAUACACAUACAUUUGAUUAUUUUUAGUUAAGUGAAUUUUACUAACACAUAAAUGGAUCCGUGUCGUCUUGAAAGAUGUCAUAACAAAGUAGGCCUUGAGUAUCUUGAAAUAGAUACAUUAAAUAGAUAUCCAGUUUUUCGUACUCGGUUUGCAUAGCACGGCAAGACAGUUCAUUUCAAAUCACUCAUUAUAAAACUUGACCUACUGUAACACGAAUUUAGUGGGAAAACAAUUCAGCCUUUAAGAAAGUUCGAAAUGAAUCGACAAAUGAACGCUUAACUAUAAAAGAGUUCAUUUGGUUCACUAAAUCCUAAGCUAUGUAUCCGGUUACAAUCGCAACAUUAGGCCAACGCCGAGCUCUGUCUUUUAUUUGUGAUAUAAUGAAGGUAAUUUUAUUAAUAAGAGUUUAAUAAAAUGUUGUUAGAAGUUAAAUUUUACUGCUGAUUAUUUUUAAUACCCUCAAUUUUGCGUUGAUUUGUGCGUCGACUAGAUGUUGACGUUUUUAAACGAUGUCCUGUGCACGAGUAAGACAUUACAUUUAAUUCAAAUCAUAACAUGUCAACAGACAUCUAGUUUGUAAGAUCCCACUGUUGUGAAAAUGCCUCUUCAUAUAUCCAAUCAAAAAGAAUAUCAUUAUAAAGAGCUCAAUGUAUGUUAACAGCAAUUAAAUCUUGUGAAAAAGAAACAGUUUAAUGAAGUAAGGAGACAAACUUCAAAUAAAUUGAUUUCUUGUUGAUAUAAAAUCCUUUUUAUCUCUCCUCGUGUUGUCAUAUUGUGUUUCUGUGUUAUCCUGUGUACAAUAUAUUAUUAAAUAAAUAAUUGCCAGAUUAAAAAAUCUCGUGACAGGACGAGUCGACAGCUUGUGUAAAAUAAUUUGUAACUUAUUAGAGGGGUUGUUGUUAACUGCAUAUAUUUUAUAUUAUGGAAAGCUCGGGGUAGUUAGGUUCCAUAGUCGAUGUGUAAACUUGUUUGUGACCAAUGAGUAUUGACACGAUGUGAAAUAAAGCAUAUUUAGUUUUAAAA